AUGGAUGUAGCCAAGUUUAUCACCGUUACCUACAACACCUUGCAGGAUGCCAACACCUCGAGCGCACCGAGACCUCUCUCACACACAGAGCUGGGCUCUGCGCUCAUCAUCCUGGUGGUCACCGUGAUCAUUCUGGUCACCAUCGUCGGUAACGUGCUGGUCAUCGUGGCCGUGCUCACCAGCCGGGCUCUCCGCGCGCCACAGAACCUUUUCCUGGUGUCCCUGGCGUGCGCGGACAUCCUCGUAGCCACUCUGGUCAUCCCGUUCUCCCUUGCCAAUGAGGUCAUGGGUUACUGGUACUUUGGGAGCACCUGGUGCGCCUUUUAUCUGGCACUGGACGUGCUCUUCUGCACCUCGUCUAUAGUCCACCUGUGCGCCAUCAGUCUGGACCGCUACUGGUCCGUCACCAAGGCCGUGAGCUAUAACCUGAAGCGGACCCCCAAGCGCAUCAAGUCCAUGAUAGCCAUGGUGUGGGUCAUCUCCGCCAUCAUCUCCUUCCCGCCUCUCAUCAUGACCAAGCACGACGAGCACGAGUGUCUGUUAAACAACGAGACCUGGUACAUCCUGUCCUCUUGCCUCGUGUCCUUCUUCGCCCCGUGCCUCAUCAUGAUCCUAGUCUACUGUAAGAUCUAUAAAGUGGCCAAGCAGCGCUCUUCCACAGUGUUCGUGGCUAAGAACGGCCUGGAGAGGCAGCCCUCCCAGUCUGUGACGUGCUUCGUGAGGAAGGACCGGAUGGAGAUGGAGAGCCCCAGUAGCCAGAGCUCCGAGGACCACCACAGGCAGGAGGAGCUGGAUGAUAUCGACCUGGAGGAGAGCUGCUGCACCUCGGACAACAAACCCCGUAACCACCGCUUCUCCAAGCGAAGGAAGGUGGAGGGCUCGGACUGCUGCCCGCGCCAGAGCUGCCGCCUUUCUUGGGCCUCAGCGCGCGCCUCGCAGCUUUUCCAAGACCCUAAAAACGGGGCCAACGUGGCCCUGGCGGCCCAGCGGCAGCACCUCGCGGUGGCUGCGUCCAAGACCAAAGUGGCCCAGAUGCGUGAGAAGCGAUUCACGUUCGUGCUGGCCGUGGUAAUGGGGGUGUUUGUGCUCUGCUGGUUCCCCUUCUUCUUCACAUACAGCCUGCAUGCAAUCUGCAGGGAGAGCUGCUACAUUCCCGGCGCGCUCUUCAACACCUUCUUCUGGAUUGGUUACUGCAACAGCUCUGUGAACCCUAUCAUAUAUACCAUUUUCAACAGGGAUUUCCGUAAGGCGUUUAAGAAAAUAGUUUGCCGGACUUCAAAACGGACUAAUGCCACUUGAAAAGAAGGGUCACUUUGAGGCUGUAACUGGCUGACUGUGCUUCACUGCUCAUCCAGACAAAGACGUCAGUUCCGUAUCCAGCGCUCAGCCCUACACCUCUGAAUGACUAUUCGUUCCAAAAUGAACUUUUAUAUGUAAAUAAUAUGAUGAUAUCAUAUCAAAAUAUCUCGUGUUGUGCACAAAUGUGUGAAUAUUAGAAACAAUGUACAGAGGGAAUAGGAUGUAUUAAACAAAAGCCAGAUAUAUAUAUAUUGUCAUUGAUGGUUUAAUAUGGCUAGUGAAUCAUAUUGUCCCCUGCUUUCAAAGUUAAGAAUUAAUGUAAUAUUCAGUGAGGAAACUAAGAUAUGUAGGCCAAAGCAUAAUAAUUCCAGCACCAUUGCACAACCCAUUCUUUUCUGUACUUUAAUUAAUAUUUUAUGUCCCGUCAAGAUUUUAAAAAAGAAAUCUAGUUCAGAGUAAAAGUGAUGUCAUAAACCCAGAUUGCAGAGCCGAUAGAGCUGUGUGGGGCACCGGGAGUUAUAGAUUCUAAACAUGAAUCAUUCAUCAGACAGUCGUCAAUAAGGUAUGAGAGUGAGAAGAGCGGUGUGGCGCCUAUCCUAAAUGGUUACAAAUGACUGCAAUUGCUUGGUCGAGUUUGACAGAGAUGCCAAAAUGUAAAGAUUUUAUUUAUGUAUUUUUUUAAACAACACAAAACAUACACAUACAAACGACAACAUACCGACGCACACAAACAUCCACAUCACCCCUGCACAGACACACCUGCUGGUACCCCCAGAUCCAGCGGACAUAUCACUCUCCGCCACAUGGCCUCAAACUGCACCAUUUUGUUUUUCUCCGUUGCCCACAGACUUUCAACAUUUAGAUAAUAAAGCAUUUGACCUUUCCAUUGUGUUAACGAUAGAAGAUUGGUUGAUUUCCAGAAGUUUUUUCAAGAUGAUUGACGAGAAAAGUAUCGUCCAACCCAUCGGGUAUCUCACUGCACCCUCAUAAUUUGGAGUAGUUUUCAGUCAAUUAAAAAAAAUCUUAAAUGGUAUCGAGUACGACUUCUGACAGACGGGUUGGUGACGCAGAUCUCUUUGAGUGGACCUCAGGCCUCCCUCAUUGCUGAACCCCCAAACCACGCGCUGCUGUCCUUGGUGCUGAAACACGCACUCUACACUGCUGGCACUAUG